AUGUCUGAGGAGCCCAAGCAAGAAGAAUGGCUGGAACUUGGUCUUACCAGCAAUGAUGUCACUGUAUUAUUGGUCCACAAUUCCAAAGUUUCUGCCUUCUCUUGGACAAAGCAACCAUCAACAGAUCUAGAAUUUGAUCGGAUAGUGAUUUAUACAACCUGCCUUCGUGUAGUAAGGACGACUUUUGAAAGAUGUGAACUUGUUAGGAAAAUCUUCCAGAAUCAUCGAGUCAAAUUUGAGGAGAAAAACAUUGCUCUGAAUGGUGAAUAUGGAAAAGAGCUUGAUGAGAGAUGUAGAAGGGUGUCUGAAGCACCUUCUCUGCCUGUCGUGUUUAUAGAUGGCCAUUAUCUUGGGGGUGCUGAGAAAAUUUUGUCAAUGAAUGAGUCAGGCGAACUGCAAGAUCUCUUAACUAAAAUUGAGAGAGUUCAGCAUCCACACGAAUGUCCUUCCUGUGGGGGCUUUGGCUUCCUUCCCUGUUCAGUGUGCCAUGGAAGCAAGAUGUCAGUGUUUCGGAACUGCUUUACAGACUCUUUCAAAGCCCUGAAAUGCACAGCUUGUAAUGAAAAUGGACUGCAGCGCUGUAGAAGUUGCAUAAGUUAA